AAUGUGAGAAUAGUGUUUACUAAUCAUGGCGGCUUCCAAACUUAGGUAUAACACAGUAAAGCUUAUAGCCUAUAUGCUUAUAUGUUAGUAGAGUUAGUCAUAUUAUUGAUAUAUUUUGCAACCCACUUUAGUUUAGUUGUAUGCAUCACUAGCUUUUAUUGUAACUAACUAAGCUAUUAUGUCUUGUAAGUUCAACUCUGGGAUGACUCAAUGUGUAUAGUAUAGUAUGACUGUGUAACUGUAUCAUUUUAAUUAGUGUAUCAACCAAUGGCCAAAAAAAGCAAUGCCCAAAAUGACAAUGCCAACUAAUAAAAAUGUAAUACUAAAAAAGACUAAUUGUAAUACUACUACUACAAAUAAUAAUAUAUUUUUAAUAAUAAUAUUAUUAUAAUACUAGGAGUUUGACACCACAGGCACAUUGUUGGCCAACCCUAGAGGUGCCGUGCCGCUAUAACUUAUAACUAUAAUAAAAUGUCCAUUGAGUCAUUGAGCACUCAUUAGCUAAAAUUUGUUAGUUCCUUGGGGACCUUUAAUCUUUAUCACUGAACUGUGGUAUACAAAUAGAACAGUUGUUUCCUGAUGGGUGCCUGUUCCAGGUGGGAUCCCUUUUAACCGUCGGAUUCAGUUUCCCGAUGGGAUCACGAUCCCUGAGUGAUAUUUGUCAGUUCUACAAACUGAUACUUUUUCAGCCGCCAGUUACAAUCUUGUAAAAUAUCAAAACAUACAACUGACGCUUUCAAACUUAUGAAAUAAUUCAACCUGACCUUGCUGUACGGAGUAGGUUGGAAUAAUUAAAUUGUAAUAAACAAUAACUUGUUUAAAACUGGACCAGCACCACUCUGUGUAUCACCAUUUAGGGAAUACUGCCUUAGAGUAACUGUAUUGGUCAGAUUUACACAAACGGAAAAUUAUUUAUCUGUAUUAAUUGCUGAAAUGUUCUCAAAGCUACUCCCUUGAUUUUCAGUUAAGUUACGUUAAGUCAAGUCUAUUGAUGAUUGAUUCCCACUGAAUGUUAACACUGGUCAAUGAGGCUAAUUAUUAUAUUUAGAUUAUAAUUCACCAAUACUGAUUCCAAACGCGGCAAAGGUCACUUUGAAUGGACCAUUGGGGUUUAAGAUUCAUUUUGACCAACACUGAACUUCUAAUAAGAAGUAAAAGCAAAUAUUCCUAUCAUCGCCACUAUUAUGCACACAUGUGAUUUGUUUUUAAAUUCAAUGAAAACCACAUACAAAAUCAUAUGCAAGAUAUUGAUAUACAAUUCAGAAAAUGUAAAAAGCAUGACAUAAGUAUAGCAUUGUGUGAAUCAUAUCAGUUUGCAUGUAGGUCUAUUAAUUAAUAAAUCAUUAAUUAUAAUGAAUUAUUUCUUCUCAGUGAUGAAGAAUUACUUGGUGACACAAGCGCUGCUUUUCAAAAGUCAUCAGAGGUAAAUAGAAAAAUAUCAUUUUAAUGGCACCAACAUUCUUACUAAACACCACCCCCCCCCCCACAACCAAAAAAAAGUUUUUUCACAGUUAUGUUUCAUAUUUUCCUGGUUUGUUUGAAUAUAUCAUUCAUUGCACAUGUAAUGAUAAAUAAUAUGGUAAUGCAUUUUGGAUAAUUACAUCCAGUAACAUUUAAGCAAACAUGUAGUUGGUAAAAGGAUAAACAUACUUUUUAACCACUACUGACAUAUAUCUUCUAACUUUAUUACCACUUGAGCUUGAUCUUCUUGGUGAUGAUGGGGAACUUGAUGAAGAUGCACUACUUAGCAUGGAUGAAGCAGGCACUAAGACUGUUUCUAUUUCAUUUGCUAAUGAUUCUGUUCGCCCCCUUUCUACAAGGUAAAAGUUACAAAAUAAAUAUAUUUAUUAAUUAUGGUUUGAAUUUGUUGAAUAAGUUUAUCAACAUCAAUGUAUUAAUUUUGUAUAUCUGUUUAUGGAUGAGUAAGUCAAAGCUAACAUUUUACUAUUUCAGGUCUAGGUCAAGAAUUGGAGGUCCUAGUCAUCAGGUAUAAAUUGCUAUUGAAUAAAAAAAAAAUGUAAAAAAAUAUUUUUUGUUUGUUUGAAGUUUGUCCAAACUAAAAAUACACAUUUACUUUUUUUUUUUUAUUGAGCAUUAUUGUAAUAAAAAAUUAUAUGUGUUUGGUGUUUGGAAACAUAUCAAAACUCAAUUAUUUAAAAUUAAUAAUUUUAUAAGGAGCAGUCAUUAAAAAUUGCUAUCAUAAUAAAUUGAUAGGGCAAUGCAUUAUUAGUUUGUUAAUUAUCAAAUUAGCAUCAAGUUACUCAACCAAUAGACAUUGUGGAUGAACAGGCCUUUGUGUUUGAAGAGACUGAGACAACAGAUCUUGAGGAUGAGUUAAAUGUCGCUGGAGAAGAGGAUGGACAUUUCCAUUUAGCAGAUGUUGGAUCAGUAUAUCAGGAUGAAACAGAAGGGGAUUUCUCUGCACAAAUGUAUCAUGAUCAGGUUGGGAGUGGGGAUGCCCAAGCAGAAAUAUCUUCAGUUGAGGAGCAUCAUGUAGAAUAUAAUGCAGAUAGGUAAGUGACUGAGGGCAAUUUAUCACUUUUUUGAUGAAGUAAUGUGCAUAUGACAUUAUUCUUUCUCUUUUAUCUUAAAAUUAAAACAGAUGCAAAUAUAGAAUUGAGUAAUAUUUUUUAGAAACAGUGUAUAUAUAUUUUAGAGAAGAUUUCUAAGCAAAAAAAUACUUAAUGACAAUAUUGUGAUUGUGUCUAAAAGAUCUGAGGUGAGGUCAGCUAUUAGAGUACUUAUUUUUUUUUGAUAUGAUUUAAUUGUGUAAUUUAAAAAGAAGCUUUUGAUGUCUUAAAGGCAACUUAACUUUGCCUAUUUUUUUUUUUGCAGCAUACAUCAUCUUGAAGCCGAUCUAACGUAUGUCGAAAUGAAAGGUGACCAAGAAGGCUACGAAGGAGGUGAUGGAGGAGGAUAUGUAGGAGAUGUUAAUGAUGUGGAAUACUCCGCCAGUGAAGCACAUGCAACAGGACUUGAAUCAUCCAGUGUUGAGUUGGGAUAUGAACAGCCUGCAGAGAGUGACGAGCAGGUGGAAUAUCUACAAAAUAAUGUGUCCAUUAACACUCAUUAGUAUACUGAAGUGGUUAAAUAGUGAUAGGAUUUUAGAAGGAAUGCAAACAUAAAUUUUAACUAUUUCUUUAUAUUUAAAGCUAUAGUAUUUUUUUUUUUUUUGUAUAUUAAAAGAUAGAGUAACCUAGGAUGCAUAUAAUUGUCACGCAUUUUUAUUUAAUUUUUUUUUUUUUUUUUCACAAGCAUCAAUUUUGACCUUUAUUCUUAAACUUAAGGGGAGGUGCGGGUGAGAAAUUGAUGAAAAUGGCAAAUUUUGAAUAAUUUUUUAUUAUUAGUUAUUUGGUUUUAUUAACGAUUUCUUGUUACAUUUUUAUAUUUUUUUUUACAAAAGUAAGUUAGAAAAUAUAAUAAAUUACAUAUUUCCUGACCCUAUCAAUCAGAAAAAUGUCAAAAUUUUCCUAUUUUUAGUGUUUUUACCCCUUUGUUAUGAGUAUUUGGAAUCGCCCAAUCCCUAUGUCUUUGGCAUGGUUGGAAAGAUGGUGAUUUCGGGGUCAAGAUAAAUAUAGCUUAUGAUCACAAAGAAAAUUACAAAAGCAACCAAACCUUUCGAUCGCCGGUAAUGUCUAGCAAAAUUUGGUAUUUUCCUGUCCUACUUUGUGUAUCACGUGAUCAAAAUCUGACCUUUGAAUAAAAUAAGCGUUUUGAUUGGUUCCUGUGUAGGAAAUCUGUUUGUAAAGGUCACUUCCGGUAUAAACAAACCGUAUCUAAUUUCGUGAGGCUGAGCAAGUUCGAUAUGUAAUUUGUCGGUAUUAAAUUCAUUCGAGGAGUUAAAAACAACUAAAUAAGUAAAUAACCACACAAAAUGAGUUGGCUUUGAUUAAUUGCCAUAAUAAACAUGAUUAAUGCUUCUCCUUUUCGGAGAAGACUAAGACUGAGUACACUUAACUACUAAGACUAAGCCUAAUCAAUAGUGCUAGUCCUUCAAGUUCAAGCAUCGCUACGCUACUUCACCAGCAGGAAAAACAUAGAAAAAUACCAUGCCUUGGUAAGUCUUAAAAAUCUAUUUUUCAUUUAGAUUCAAAUUCAAAGUACGGUAUCAAUUAUUCAUAAGGCUAAGCCUAUACUGUGCUCACUAUAGACCAUUGAAUGAGGGCUAUACUUAUACUUUUUAUUAGAGUAAUAAACACUGUUACUUUUGUGAUAUUGAACUGUAGUGAAAAUAAAACCUAUAAACAGUUUAUGAAUUUAGUUAUUGUGACAUUUGUCUUACACUGUCCUAUAUUUAUAGCUAUUAAAAUGGUAAUAUGAAAUUAAAUGUAAUAAAUUUCUCAUUUUUUUUAUUGCAUCGCAAAUAACAUUGUCAUUAGUGUUAUUUUAUUUUAAAGUAAAGUAAGAGUAAGAGCCCUAACAAAUUUUGCUUGAAAUACGUGUCAAUAAGUAUGACCUAUCAGUCAUUAAUUUCAUUAUAGCCUUAUAUUUUUAUUGAGAAGCAUUUAAUAAAAAUAUCUAACUACAAGUUUAUUUUUUUCAGGAAUGAUUGAGGAGACGUGCAAUGAGUUUGCGGAACACAACAAACCACAACAUGCAUUAUAUUUCCUGUUGAUAAACUACACUGAUCUGUUGUGCCUAGGUCCAUUUAGCCCAAAGGACAAUAUGCACAUGAAAAAGAAGGAGUGCCCUAAGUGUAUUCCAAUGUUUCAGAUUCCUCGGCGCAACAUAUGUUCGAUGCAUCGAAAUAAAAGUAACCUCAGGCAGAGGAUGCAAGAGAAGACUAACACAGAUUACAUCACAAAACUCAUUAUGUGUUAUUCAAGGACAAAAAGAAUAAGACAGUAGUUGAAAGAAACAUAUCAAUAAUUCCCUUAUUUUAACAUUGUAUCUCUAUGCGAUGUGAUUUUCAACAUGACGAGUGUCAAAAUUUGAUACAGUAACUAAUUAGAUUUUACAAUGGAGUUAUUGCUCAUGAGUUUUCUGGCUCACACAAAAAACAGUUAAUAUGCUUUUGUGGAAAAAUACAUGUUGCAACUCAAGUGAUUCAAAAGUUGUGAGAUAGAAAUCAGAAAAUUUACAACUGUCAAUAUUCAUUCCGUCAUUAGAACUCAUAGAACUUACAAUUUUUUCUUUACAAGACCAAGAGUUGCAUUUUCAGCAUUCAUGGACAAUGCCAAAUAACUCUUUGGAAUUGCAUAUUUACCUAGCUUAAUUUUAUGAUUUUGCACACUUUUAUAAUGCUGAAAUUCUCCAAAAUAAGCGAAUUAUUAUUUUUUCGACAAAUACAGAAUAAUAGAUAAAAAUAUAUCAAUCACAGUGAAAAGUUGAGUGGUCAGGAAAAAAGAAAAAUGGACCUGGAAAAUGAUUAAAAAUGUCCACAAUAGGCUAAUAAAAAGUUUUUAUUCCAAUCUUGGUAUAAGAUUCUUAUUUUUCAUUGAUAUUUUCAUUGUUUUUGUCGUUUUUCUUCGUUAUUUCAGUUUUCUUGUUUUCAAUAUUUUUGGUCACCAAUAUCCCUAUAACUUUUUUAUUUAUUAUCCAAACCUCACCAAAUUUUCACAGUAUGUUCAGUGACCAAUAAUAAACAUUUGAAUAACCUAGAAUUAAGAUAACUGUCUUAGAAAAUAAAAUAUGUAAAAAAGAAUUCACCCACACCCCUAUUUUUGUCAUAAAAAAUGGGGUCACAAUUUCUGACCCUGUAAAUUUAUAACCAGUCAUUACAUCAAAAAGUCCUGUUAUACAAAGUUUUAUUAUAGGUUAAAUAACCUAUGUUUAAAAUCUGAUAGCCAUAACUUAAAAUUUGUAAAAGCCUUAGUGUUUUAAAAGACACUAAAAAAAUAAAAAUGGCGGAGGUUUUUAUGGGCUACAAAGGCAACCAAUGGAAAUUUUUUUUUUUUAAACCUGUUUUGUACCUCCAUUACAAUACCAAAUAAGGUGUAGUUAAAAAAAAUCCUACAUGAAGCCAAACAAAAAUUUUAGAUUUUUCACCCACACCUCCCCUUAAGAUCCACUCUUGCAUAGGAAGAUCUUUUUAUCUUGGAGGUAGUAUUGCUAUUUGUAUUUUACUCUUGUUUAGGUCCAGCUGGAAUAUGACACAUCUGAAGAAGCCCACCAAGGAGAUAUAGCAGAACAACAAGUGGAAGUAAUAUUUGUGUUUGUAUUUGUUUAGUUAUAAAUAAUUUUUCAUGAUGAGAGGGAAAGCAAAAAAAGUCAGCAACUGCACAUAAUUAUUGUCAACAGCCAUCAAAUCAGUAGCUGUUAUAUCUGGUAUUAAAUUGGUGUUAACAAAGCUAUUUAUAAGUUUAAUUAAGAAAACUGGGAUGCAUUUAAUUCACUGCCAUUAUCAUUAGGAACUUUUUAUAUAUUUAGCAUAAAAAUAUUUAGAAUAGGCAGUUCAUGAACUGUUACUGAAUAAUGUUUAUUUAUUUGUUACCACCACAAAUUAAAGCUCAAUAUGCUCAGUUUUGCUUAUGUUACAUGAAACAUUUAAAUAGGAAUUGGCUUACUUUAUACAAUAUCUUCUCAUGUGACUUUCUAUUUGUCAAGGAAAGUUGUUAAAUAAUUUUGAUAAAACUGUUUCUGUGACACAUUAUUAUUAUUAAAGCGGUCUUAUAUAGCGCUGUACCCCAGCCUAGGGCUAGGCUCACCUCGCUUCACAUAGAGUAUCAAAAAUAAAAAAAAGAAACAUGACAGUAAAAAAAAGUUAUGCAAAAGUAGUAAAGCUUUGUAAAAAGAUUGACCUCGCCCACCCAAGUACUAUUUACUUAUUUGUAAUCAGUCAGAGGGGGUAAGAAUGAGUCAAAAUAUUAGAGUUUGAAGAGAUGUGUCUCGAGGGCAUAUCUUCCAAUUAAGCCACUCAAAUAAACAUAUUAGCAUUAAUAACAUGUAUUUAUUAUGGUACUACUUGUGUAUAGCAUGGGGAUGGUGAACAUUAUGGGAGUGAAAGUGAAAGUGAUGAUGAAGAUUCUAGACACAACCGUGGGAAGUUCACUAGUGAGAGAACAGGAGUAAUAUCUCUUACUUCAACUACUGCUCGAGAGGCUAUUCCUGACACACUCGGUGAGUUUAUGCUGUAUGCCUAUAUUUACAGCAAGACCCUUGCACAUACUUAUUUUGGUACAAAGAUGAUAAUAUCCCAUAAUUCAUCUUUGUUUAAAUCUAACAUAUAGAAAGCAUUUUCUGUAGGCUAAUUAGCAGAUUAAUCCUUUUAAUAAGGCUGAAUAUGCUGUUUACUGAUUAAACAUUGAUUAAUGUGCACAACUCUCCAGGCAUGACAUACCCAAAUUUAAGUCAUUCAACAUAAGUAAGUAUUUAAUAAAACGAGAUCUGAAUUGUGUUGAACACAGUGAAUUGUUUAAAAUUUAUUGUACUUUAAUAUUUACUAUAAAUACUAAGUCAAACUUCUGAUUAAUUUUGCACCAUCUCUAGAAAUUAAUGAAGAGCAAGCAGCACAGAUUGAACAGUUUAUGACUGAUAAAACACUUAGAGGAAAAAACAAAACAAGGGGGCGACCAAGUGCACAUAGCAGACUGGGCAAUCGACCAAACAUGCAAGGUGCAGGCUUACUGCAAGGUCCCAGAAUGGGUAUGUUUCAUCGUGGGAUGCUAGGGCCACGUAUGAGGAUUGGUUCUCCAUUUCAUAAUUCUCUUCAAAGAGGUGGAUUUCCAGGGAUGAAUCAAAGAGGACCAUUCCCAGUAAGGUUAAUGAAUCAAAGAGGUCCAUUUUCUGGUGGUCAGGGCCAAAGAGUUCCCUUCCCUGUUGGACCUGGUAAUCAGAGGAGUUCUUUUCCAGAAGGAGCAUUAGCAUUGCAUUUUGGUACACAGAGUGGCCCACAGAGACUUCCUUUCCAACAUGGCCAGUUCUCUAGUCCUCCAAGUCAAAGAGGACCAUUUCUUGGAAUACAGCCAAGAGGCCCAACAACAAAUAAUCAGAGGGGUCUAUUUCAACAACAGAAUAUAAAAGUUCUUCAACAAAAUCAUUUACAAUUACGAGGACCGCAACCUAAUCAGGCUCAAUUUAAUCACUUUAGAAUGCCCAUGGGACAGGGAGUUCGAAUUUCAAUGCAAGGCCCAUCUCCUCAAAGUCCACGACCAUUAAUGGAGUCAAGUGGACAAAUCAGGAUAAAUCGUACUAUGGUUUCAGUUACAUCUGGACAGCCUAUUCCCUCUCUUGUGAAACCAGUCUCCACACCUCCACAAUCUCUACUCAAUAUUCAGCAGACAGGACCUCGUCGAGUACCCCCUCAUCAGCGCCUUGGACCAGUGCAGAAUCAGAUUAGACCGCAACAACCAAACAGCCAAUCAUUUCAGCAACCUUUUUAUCAAGCCCGGCCCCAAUUCUCUUCUAAUCAAGGCUAUCAGCAAGCGCUAGCUGGGAAUGAGGGCCAAAUGAUGCGCAAGCACAAGAUCUAUAUAAAUCCAAGAUUUCAGAAUCAGCAAGUGAGACCACAGGUCAGUUAAACAAAAAGAUUUUUGUAUCAGCAUCUAUUAAAAGACACUUAUAAUUUUGUUUGGUAAAAGUAAAUAUCUAGGAAUUCCUUUGCAUAUAUUAUGAUUGCUCAAAUGAAUCUUUGACAAUUCAUUUAUCAUAUUAUUUCUUUGAUAAAUCUUCAAUAAACUAAUUAUUUUCUCUUUUUGAAUUUCAAGGGUCCUCAAACAUUGCAAGGAGGUGCAAGAACUGUAAAAAUGGGGGUCCCAGUUCAAAUUCAGAAGUUAGUGAAUAUUAAGACAUUAUAAAAUUGUUUAUAAAUAAUAUAUAUAUUAUAAAUUAAAUACGUUUUAAAAUCAUUUUUUUUUAAAUUUCAAACUGGUGCUGUGUUGAUAUAAAUUUGUUUUUCAUUUUUUUCAGUUAUAGAGCAUCCCCUUUGCACUUGUUAGUUCCAAAAAGUCCAUAAGUCCAAUAAUUGAGUUUUAUAUUGCUUAACUUGCAGUCUGUUGAUUUUUCAGAGGGUGCAGUGAGCUUGUAACAUCCUUUAUUUUUACCUCACACAAUUUUAAAAAUAUUUUUUAAUUUGUAUAUGUUUCAUUUAACUUUCAAAAUGGGGAAUGGUUUGUAAAAAAAUUUAAUAGAACCUAAACUAAAUUAAGCACUUGAAAAAAAUGUUAGUAAAGGCUAAGCCUUAUUAUUUAUGAUAAAAUCAGAAAAAAUUAACAUCAAAUGUAUAAUAAAAAGGAGUAAAUACUGGUAAAAUGGAGUACAUUAAUUGACUGAGUUUUAUUUUAAAUAAUUCUGUAUCUUAUUUAAGUAAACCACAAAAUUAGCAUCCUAUCUGGUCUAUAUAUUUCCCAGCAAUAUGACUUUUUAAAAAAAACUUAUUGUGUUUUUAUUUUCCAUCGUAGAUUAUUUUUAUUUUAGGUGUCUGCCUAAUUCUUUAGUAAAUUCCAUACUCUGGUGUGAAACAAAAUGAAAGUGAACUUUAAAAAAAUCACUGAUAAACACUAAUUUCAUAUUUUUCAGAGCAAAAGCAUUGUUAGAUCGGGCUAAACAAAGUCAGAUUAAAACAUCAGCACAAACUCAGAUAAAGCAAGUGAAACAAACAGAAAAUGUUUCACCAGGACUGAAAAGAAAAUCAGUAAUGGUUACUAAUGAGGUACCUGCUAAGAUCAUUAAAAAACCAUCCAAUGAAGAGGUUAUAGCAAAAGAUGAACAACCAAAAAAGGUAUGGACUUUUUAGUUUUUUUCUAACUGGUCAUCAGUGAUCCUUCAAAUAGUACAUUUUAAUUACACAGGAUUACUGGAAAAACUCUUUUGAAAAAUAAUGUACAAGAAUUUGCAAUAACAAAUUUUAAUGAAAUAAAAGUAUUUUUAAGAGGUUGGACUUCUUAGCAUGAAUGUCAUUAUAAAAUUAUAUAUUUCACUUAAAGUGUAAUUAUUUUUUAGUGGCCUUGCUUUUUAUCACACUGGUAAUUUUUUUAGGCAUACAUUUUUUAAACUCUGAUCAAUGUUAUUUAGAAAAAAAAAUUUUUUUUUUGGAAAAUAUAAAAAUAAUUAUUUAACAUCCAUUAUCUGUAAGUAUAUAAAAUAUUUGUUAAAAGUAACCAAAAAAAUCUCUAAAUAUUAUUAAAACCAAUUAUUAUUCCUGCCACAGACACUGAAUGAAGACUCUAGCAAAUUAGAUGUUUUGUUAGAAGAGCAGAGGCGUAAGAGAGAACUUAUUCAGAAGAAAAAGGAACUUGCCAGGCAAAGGCAAGCAGCAAUCAAACGUAAAGAACUUGAAGAAAGAUUAAAACAAGAAGGUUUGCAUAGCUAUAUGCUUUUUGCCUUGAUCUCUUUUUUUUUUUAAAGUGAUAAAUUAAUCUUAGUUUAACGUUUUUAAAAUGGAAUUUUAAUUCACAUUAAAAACAUUCAUUCCCAUCCUCUAAGAAAUUCCAGAUAUACCUACCAAUUGUGGAAACCCUGAAAAAACUGAACUAUUAUUAACUGUUAUUAAUAAAUGACAAUUGUAUUAUUGUUUCCAAUUUGUCAUAAAUUGCCUGAUUAUUGGUAAAAAUAACAAAUUAAUUUUGAUCUAAACUUUAAUAUUGAAAUCACAAAAGUUUUGUUGCACAGGAAAUCUUAGGAAUUUUAUUAUCUUGCCAGAGCUUGUGCCCCUGCUAUUUUAUUUUAAAAAUAAUUUCUUCAAAUAGAGUCCUGAGAAUUGCCAGGGCCGUUAGCUUUGUGUGGGUACUCUGCAUCUGGAUACCCGGUGACAACCCUAAUAGUGAAAAAUUUUCCAACCUAUCCUAAAAGAGGAAAUAAUUAUAAAGUCACCUUAAUUCUUAUUAAAACAUACUUUAGUCACUAAUCUGCAAACAUAUUGCUUUUUUGAAACUAUAAUACUUAAGGUGUUUGUAUUUUUUGUACGUGUGUACGUUUUGAUGAGGGAGGGGGUCUGAAUAUUUAUUUCUAUAAAACUAAAACCCCCACAUUUUCGUAAUGAUAGUGGUAUGGUCAUAUUGUUGCUUUGUGUUUUUAUAAUGAACUCGCUAGACACUGCUACAAUUAUAAUAGCAUAGUCGCCCUAGUGACAAAUUUACAAAAUUUGUUUAGUCAAUCCAGGGUCAUUCUUACGCACUGAGGAGAAGGGGGAUUGUCGAUUAUUAAGAUUUUGCAUGCUGGUAUCCGUCCGUCACAAUGUGACGAUGGAGUGGGCCUCGUAGGACGAAAUCCACAUAGCCUGGGAUUAUUAUACUUUAAGGAUUAUAAGCUGGUUCCCAACAGCAAAUCGCCUCUCUCCACGCCGCUGGGUAACCCAAGGGAACAUCAUUGGAUGAUACAGCUUGGCACCAGUGACGUUAUCCGCCUCUAUCUCCGGGUUUGAUUUCAGAGUUUCCUUCUCUUAGAUGAGUUGCCGUCCAAGGUUAACGAGUCCCAUCUACCCGGGGUGCUGGUGGUGUUUUUGCUCUAGCUGGAAUUGAACUCCAGACCACCAACUUGAGAUUUGCUCAGUUUAGACCACUCAGCCACCCAGCACCCUAUGAUUUUGCAUACAAGUGCCUUUGUGGGGGGUGGGGAUUUUGGCAGAAAGUACGUACUUUAUUAAAAAAUUCAACAAUAAUCAUCCUCAAAGUCCCAAAAAAUAUAUUUAUAUCUCAAAUGCUGUAAAAAUUUCACGCAAUAUUUUGUAGGAAUUAUUGUAAUAAUAUUGCCAUGUAUUUUUACAAAGGAACUCACUUGAUAAACUCCGAUGGUAAUAAGUACUAGAGUUAUUACAGUAAUAAUUAGUCCACCUUAUAUAUGAUGUAUAUUUUGUUGGGCUACGCAGCGGUUCCAAACUGUUCCUUUUCCCUGCAUCUAUGCUAAAAUCAUGUUUUCAUCAGGCUCCCUAUGUUAAAAUCUUAAACCAGGGUGCGUAAGAAUGGCCCUGGAUUGACUAAACAAAUAGCAAAUACAUAAACAAAAUAAAUUAAAGGGUUGGGUAAAAAUAAAUCUUACAAAUAAGUAGGUCACUAAGCACCAUCUAGUAACUACAAACUAGUUUCUCCAGAGAGUUACUGCUUGCACCACAACCGCUAGAUGUCACAUUGGAUUUAAGAGUGGAAAUAAAAUUAUGAAAAUUUUGUAAUAUUUUGCCCCUGUGAGCGUGUCGCAGCAACCCAUAUAGAAAAAAAGGAGGGGGGGGGGUCGUAAAAAGUAUGUGUACAACAGGGGGAGGGGGGUCGAUAAUUUGCCUUUUUUGUAAGUACCAUGUAGAGUCCCCCCCACUCACGUUUGUCUGUGUUGGUGCUGUAUUACGUAAUUUUGUGACAUAAUUAUUCAUACGGUGGAACCGCGAUGAGUGCAGAAACGAAGAAAACAAGGAAAUGCAUUUUUCACUGUUCUGCACAGACACAUUAGAUUUUGACAUAUUUAAUAGGAUCUGAGAGGGCCUUUGCAAUCUAUUUUUUCGGAACCCACAACAGUGCUAUGCAAUUUUUAAUACCAUAUCCUGUCACCCAUUUACAGACUCACGUGUUAACAGGAAAUAUGCAUAUUUUAUAUUGAUUCUUAUUUUUUUAAGUUCUUUUCCUAAAAAAGAAAUCUCAACUUACCUGGUAGGUUUGUUUUAAAUGACACUCUAAUUUUUUAAUUGAUUCUUAUGUUGAUAAAUUUUAUUUUAUGCCAUCUGACUUCGAAGUGAAACCUUAUUAAAUUUUACCAGUAACUUUAUUUUUACCAGUGACAUACUGGGAUAAUGUACUCUGCACGUUCACUUAAAUAUAAACGUCAGUCAUCUAACUACUUUUAGAAGUUACCUUUUUUGACCACAGCUUAACUUGAUCCCACUAGGCAGGCACUGCGAGUAGUUAUUGUAUACAUUAUAUAGGUAUAUAGUAUGUUUAUUUAUUUACUAUGAAAAUACCGGUUGUGUAUUGUACUAUUCUUAGACGAGAUUGUACGAAUUUAGGAGUACAAAGGUAAACAGGUCUGUUAUAAGCAAAAAUCUGAGAGGUUGCAGAGGAUAGAAAAGGUUGUUAAAUCCUGUUUUAGAAUAUUAUUGUGGUUAAUGGAUCUGAGAAGUAGUAAUACAUUAAUACUUAUAAAUACAUAAGAUUGGAUAAGAAUCUGUUUGUGAAUGCUCUCACACCAAUUCUAGACUAACUUUUAGAAUACAAUUAGACAUAUUUUCAGCAUUUGGUAUUUUCAAAUUCUCACUCUGAUACCAAAAGUCAUUUCAAGCCGACAAAUUAGGCUUUGACAUAAAGCAUUAAAAUAUUGUAGUUAUGUGAUAACAGGGUUUGAGGGAUACUGACAUAUUAAUAAUAAUAAAAAAUGAUGAGUGUAUAACCUUGGUUUACUUAUUGUUGCAUAUUUCUUCAUUAUGCUAAGGAGAUAAUAUUGUCUGCUUUUGAAAGUGUCAUGGUUUAAUAAAUACAUUUUGAAAUUAAUAAAUAGACUUUAAAAAAAUAUCUUAUUGAAUAUCUUAAUAUCUUAUCUUAUUGUUUUUAAACAACUAAUCAAAAUGAUUUUAAUUUUCAGGCAAAACCUUGAAAGAUGUAUUGGGAAGCUCAGAAAUGGAACAAGAACCACCAAGUGUCAAACCAGUUAGUGGAUCGGUUGCCGCUCGACUCGGUCCACCACCCAUUCAACAACAGACAGGCUCACUUCCUGUCCAGAGGCAAAAAGGUCCUCCUGUCUUGCAGCAGCAGGUUCCACGUAAUAACCAACAACAAAGAAAUUUUCAGCCUCCUCAUCCCCAGUCUGCACCAACAAAAGGUGCAUCAGUUGGAGGACAGUUUGUCUUACAGAGGCCCACAGGAUUCCCUAAUGGACCACAGCAGCAACAGAACAUGUUUGGCUCCCCUCCAUCUCCACGAAUUGCAUUUCUCAAUCAGCCUAGAAUGAUUGUUACAAAUAGUCCAAGACUGAGGACACCAUCUGCUGUAAAUGACUCUAGAUUAAAGGGAGCGGCACCUUAUUUAGAUUCAAGGUUUCAGCUACUUGCCUCAAAUAGUCAGCAAUUCAGAGGACCACCUCCUAGAGCUAACAUACAGAUUAGAAACCCUGCUCCUUCUUCAGAUCCAAGGUUGAAAAACCCUCUUCAAAUUGUGGAUCCCAGGUUAAGGGGGCCUCACAUAAUAAAUCAUGAUCCAAGCUAUAGAGGACAACGGCCUGUAGCCAAUGCCCUUACACCCAAUCAGCCUGUAAGAUUUGCCCCUCCUCAAUCUGUUUCCCAAAAUAUAAGAUACCAGGCACCCCACUCAGCACCUCCUCGAGGGCCACCUUCUCAGCAAUAUCCUUCUCAAUUUGCACCUUCAAAUGCUCCUGCAGCACAGCUUAAUCAAUAUCCUGCUCCAAAUCCACCUACUCCUACUUCAUACCCGACACCUGCCCCACAGUACACACCCCAGACUGCCUCUUAUCAUCCAUCUACUUACUCACCAUCCAUUCAGCAGCCAUACCAACAGUACCCUCAGACCCAUCAACAACCUCCAGCUCCCCAACCUAUUCAACAAUAUGCCCCUACCCCUUCUCCUCAGUACCAAAACUUCCCUGUUUUACAGUAUAAUAACCAAU